AUGGUUGUCCUCGCCGCCUCGGUGGUGACGAAAUCGGGCAAAGCCUUGGUCUCUCGCCAGUUUGUCCCGAUGACUCGAAUACGCAUCGAAGGUUUAUUAGCCGCGUUUCCAAAGUUGGUCGGAGGCACCGCCAAUCAAGGGAAACAACACACGUACGUGGAAACAGAAAACGUGCGAUACGUGUAUCAACCGUUGGAAAAUGGAACCAUGUAUUUACUGUUAGUCACGAAUAAAGCGUCGAAUAUUUUGGAGGAUUUGGACGUUUUGAGAAUGCUGGCGAAGACGUUGCCGGAGUACUGCUAUCAACAAGUGGACGAAGAAGGCGUGAGCAAAGCGGCGUUUGAGUUGAUAUUCGCAUUCGAUGAAGUCAUCUCAGCCGGACAUAAAGAAAACGUGACCAUGAGUCAAAUUAGAACAUUUAUGGAGAUGGAAUCGCACGAGGAGAAGUUACACAAGAUGAUCAUUCAAUCGAAGAUUAACGAUACGAGGGACGUGAUGAAAAGGAAGGCGAUGGAGAUUGAUAAGAUUAAAGUGGAGAAGAAGAUGGAAAGAGGCGGAGGAGGAAGCGGCGGAUUUGGUGGUGGUGGCAUCUCUGGGUUUCAAGAGAGAGAUUCCGAUCCGUUCGCGUCAUCGGGAGGCCGAUCUGGCAGCGGAGGUGGUGGUUUUGGCGACGAUAUGGACAACAUCGGCGGGUACGGAGGCAGCUCGAAAGCCGCCUCGGACGGCUACGGCGAACCGAGAGGUCCCAAAGGCCUCGCCGCAAAAGCUGGGCCGAAGAAAGGGAUGGUUUUGGGGUCGAAGCAAAAAACGAACCGGUUCAUGGACGCUUUGCGACAGGAAGGCGAAUCCGUGGAGACGGAAUACACCAAAGGGAACGAGGCGAGCGCGCAAGUCCCGCAAGUCCCGCAAGAAUCCGUCAGCAUCAUCGUCGAGGAGAAGUUAAACGUUCACUUAUCCAAAGAUGGUGGUUUAGAAAGCAUGGAAGUACAAGGUACGAUGAUGAUGGAAAUCCAAAACGAAGACGACGCGUUUGUAAAGGUUGCGAUUGAUACCGGCGCGAACGAAGGGUACCAAUUCAAAACGCAUCCAAACAUUGACAAGCAAUUACACGCUAACGAAGGUAUUUUGGGAUUGAAAGAUCCAAACCGACCGUUUCCGUGUGGUAGCCCGCUUGGUAUUUUGAAAUGGCGUUUCCAAACCAAAGACGAGAGCAAAGUGCCGAUUGUUAUCAACUGCUGGCCGUCUGUGUCCGGCGGCGAAUCCUUCGUCUCUAUCGAAUACGAAGCCUCGGACGGCAUGGAGUACGAAAACGUCUCCAUCGUCAUCCCUUUGCCUUCCUCCCGGGAACCACCAACCGUUAACAGCUGCGAUGGCGACUUCACGGUUGACUCUAGACGAAACGAACUGGUAUGGACCAUUGAUUUAAUCGACGAUUCGAAUCGAAACGGAAGCAUGGAAUUCGUCACGCCGGCGUGCGACGGCGAACUCUUCUUCCCAGUCCAAGUCAACUUUUCCGCCCGAUCAACCUUGUGCGACGUGAAAAUCGUCGGCGUCAGUCGAACGACCGACGAUACGCCGGUUAAAUACGGCGGGGAGACUAAAUUAACCGUAGAAGAGUACACCGUCGCUUAA